AGCAAUGGUCCUAAUUUUCUUCUUACACCUUAAAUAACAUCAUCUUCCACUACAUUUUCUUCUUCUUUAAUCAACAUAGUGUUCAACUUGUCUAACUUACACAAUGGCCUACACAGAUAAUUCUAGUUCCCGGACACCAUUGAUCCCCAAUUUUCUUUAUAACACCGCGUCUUCAUCAUCAUUCUCUUCAUCUACAAUUAUUGCUAAUAAUACAUUAUCUCAACCAUGUCAUGAAUCAAUUGUCAAAAAGCCUGUUUUAGUUGCGGCACCAAAAGAGCCUUCACGUAAAAUAGAAAUGUUCUCACCUGCUUAUUACGGUGCUUGUACUUUUGGUGGUGUUAUGAGUUGUGGUCUCACUCACAUGGCUGUUACACCCCUUGAUCUUGUCAAGUGUAACAUGCAGAUCGAUCCUGCAAAAUACAAGAGCAUUUCCUCUGGUUUUGGUGUUCUGCUUAAGGAGCAGGGUGCUAGAGGCUUCUUCAGGGGAUGGGUGCCUACGUUGCUCGGUUACAGCGCUCAGGGAGCUUGCAAAUAUGGAUUCUAUGAAUAUUUCAAGAAGUAUUACACAGACCUUGCUGGGCCUGAGAAUGCUGCCAAGUACAAAACUUUGAUUUUCCUUGCUGGUUCUGCUUCUGCUGAAGUUAUUGCUGAUGUUGCUCUCUGCCCAUUUGAGGCUGUCAAAGUUCGCGUUCAGACUCAGCCUGGUUUUGCCAGAGGCUUGUCUGACGGACUUCCCAAAUUCGUUAGGGCUGAGGGAGCCUCUGGGCUGUAUAAGGGGCUUGUUCCUCUCUGGGGACGACAGAUUCCGUACACCAUGAUGAAGUUUGCAUCAUUUGAAACAAUUGUGGAACAACUCUACAAAAAUGUCAUCCCAACACCAAAAGACCAAUGCAGUAAAUCAACGCAGCUCGGUGUGAGCUUUGCUGGUGGAUAUUUAGCUGGUAUUCUUUGUGCUAUUGUGUCACACCCUGCUGAUAACCUGGUUUCUUUCCUAAACAACGCCAAGGGCGCAACUGUUGGCGAUGCUGUGAACAAGCUAGGUGUGAUGGGUCUUUGUACUCGCGGUCUUCCUAUUCGUAUAGUCAUGAUUGGUACACUCACUGGAGCACAAUGGGGUAUCUAUGACUCUUUCAAAGUUUUCGUUGGACUGCCAACGACUGGUGGUGCAGCUCCACCUGCCCCUGUCAAGUGAAGAAAAAUGUAAUAAUUCCAUCAAAAAAGUUUGAGCAUUGGUAGCUAGGAAAUUUUUGCAUUUAUUCAACUUUUUGUAGUAAGAUCUGAUUUUAUUUUUGGGAGGAUUAAUUAUAUUAUCCUCCAGGUGAUGAUUUUUAAUUUGCAAAAAUGUGUUAAUUUCUUGUUUUCAUAUGAUAAUUUUAGUUAAUAAUUUUCGAAUGUGAGAGGUUGGAGUUUGUUGGGACAUAGGACAAUACCUGGAUGAAGCUGUAUACAAAAUUUGAGGAAUAUUAGUGGUGAUUUGAACUGAUUUGGAGUCGAAACUCAAAGCUGAAAUCCAUUGUAGCACUAUAUAUCACUUGUAUAUAUAGUGUAUAUCAUAAUUCGGGUUAGAAUUCCAAGCUUCCAAGUAGUUUUCAAUGGAGCUUUCAAAUUUUGUUAUUCA